UUUCUGAAGAAGGGAAGGAAAUAAAGUAAAAUUCAAUGGAAACAAAUAAAAAUAAAUUUCAAGUAGUAAAGAAAAAUAUUCCAUUUCCAACAAGAUGUUGUAUUUGUGGAAAUAUUGCUAGCGGAUUUAUUUAUUAUAAUGUUAUGUGUUGUGAUGGUUGCAAACAUUUCUUUCGACGUUCUCUUAAUGCACAAGAAUUGUUCAAAUGUAAAUUUGAUGGAAAUUGUGAUGUUAUGAGGGCAUCUAAUAAAUGCAAAAGCUGCCGUUUUGAUAAAUGUAUUUUAAUGGGAAUGAAUAUACAAAAAUUACGAAAUCCACAACAAUCUACUAUUACUUUUUGGAAAAUACUUUCGAAAAUUGAACAACGAUUGGGUGAACUUGCUUUAAUUGGAAAAUAUGUUGAAAAAAGAAAUAAAAGUUUUUUUAGUAAUGAGGAAGUUAAUUCACCGUUUAUGGUAAAAAAUACUUUUACAUGUUUAAGAUUUAUGAGCUAA